UCUCCAUUCGGCAUUAAGAAGGCCAUGAAUUUCGAAUUGGAGCGAGAGAUUGGUUUCAUUAACAGCCAGCCUUCGCUCGCCGAAUGCCUGACGUCCUAUCCUGCUGUCGUUGAUACAUUUCAAAGUUCAUCAAUCAAGAACUCGACGCUUUCACACUCGACACUAAUUCCUCCUCCUUUUGAGCAGACCAUCCCAAGCCUGAAUCCCAGCAGCAACCAGCCGCGGCCAAGUCGCGAAAAGCGGCCUCCAAAUGGCCUUCUCUCAUCUACUGCCGCGGCCGAGUUCCCGUGGAUGAAAGAGAAAAAGUCGUCGAGGAAGUACAACGAAGCGACUCUGUCAUUGUCAGCAGCAGUCCCUGGGCCAUCUCCAGCGGCGGAGCCUCCGACAGACGGUCACAGUGAGCAGGAUAACAGCAGCAGUGCGCGGAGAUUAAGGACAGCCUACACAAACACGCAGCUGUUGGAGUUGGAGAAGGAGUUUCACUUUAACAAAUAUCUGUGCAGGCCACGGAGAGUGGAGAUCGCAGCCUUGCUGGACCUGACUGAGAGACAAGUUAAAGUUUGGUUCCAAAACCGGCGCAUGAAACACAAGAGGCAAGCACAAUACAAAGAAAAUCAGGACGGCGGAGUAAGUUUUGCCAACAGCUCGCUGCCAGAAGGCGAAGCCGAGGAGGCAUCACCUUAUAACCAACCCGUCGAGGCGUCGGGAACUUACUUAGAAAACAAAAACUGCGCCGAUCAGGCACGAAAGCAAAGCCAAAACACGCUUAGCAAAGAACUCCAAAACCUGCAAGAUCUGACAGCGUGUGGCAGCGACGGUAAAGCAAGGAGUCCUUUCUACCUAACGGCAGACAACGGUUUUACAACAGGCCAGAAUUCUGUGGCUGGUCUGGACACUGUCAGUCCGGAGGCCCUAGAAUUGGUCUCCCUCCCAGAUUUAAGUAUGUUCUCUUCGGAUUCCUAUCUGCCAUUCUCCGAUGGAUUAUCUCCCAGUUUGCAGGGUUCUAUCGACAGUCCUGUGGAUAUCCCUGAGGACAGUUUUGAUUUUUUCACCAGCGCUCUCUGCACAAUAGACUUGCAGCACCUCGGUUAUCAAUAACGAUUGGCAAAUCAUAGGGCCAGUGUAGAAAUUCAGCCAUGUUUAAAAAUAUGUUCAGUGUUUCGUAUUUUAAAUAACAAUAAUGUGGAAUAAUAAAAGUCUGUGUGAUAUAGGAUUGAUCUCACAGUAAAUAAUUUAUUCUUCAGCCUUGACCUGGAGUCUACAAGAAUUGCAGUCUUUAUUGCACAGGUAUUUAAUUAAAUAUAGUUUUAUUCAGUUGCAGUUUCGUAAAUUAUGUCAAAAUUGUAGAUUCCUUCUUUCACUACUCAGGAAAACAUAUCGGAUUUGUAUUUAUAGUAAAGCUGCUUUAUCUUAUAGCUUCCGAAAGGAUAACUGUGACGAGUUAUUUUAUG